AUGAAGCUCGUGCGCUUUCUGAUGCGUCUCGCGAAUGAGACGCUGGUGAUUGAGUUGAAGAACGGUACGGUGAUCCAUGGCACGGUCGUCGGCGUGGACAUCAGCAUGAACACUCACCUGAAGAACGUGAAGAUGACCCUCAAGCACGGCAACCCCACGUCUCUGGAGCACCUGACCAUUCGCGGCAACAACAUCCGCUACUUUAUCCUCCCCGACUCGCUCCCCCUCGACACUCUGCUGAUCGACGACACGCCUCUCCAGCGCCCCGCGAGAGAAGCCGGAAGACCUAUCCAGAGAAUGCGGGGACGCGGCCGAGGUCGAGGCGGAAGUGCAUUCCGCCCGCGCGGAGGGCCUCUCAGAAGAUAA